AUGACACAAGACCACAAACACGAGGCCCUCCAGCCCGUCCACCCCUCUAUGAAAGGCAAACUCGACCCCGUCUUCGAAAAACUCUACAACGACAACGUCGCCAACACACCCCUUAAACCAAUCGACCUCGGCAUCCUACGAUCCAAAUACUCCGUCCUCUAUUCCUACGGCACAGGCCCAGCGCCAGAUGUCGCUCGUGAAUAUGAUGCUCAGAUCGUAACUCACGAGGACAUCACUCUUGCUGUCAGAGUCUACGAACCUGAUACCGCUGGUCCAUGGCCUGUUCACAUCGAUUACCAUGGUGGAGGCUGGGGUCUUGGUGAUCUUGAUACUGAGAGUCACAUCUGCAAGCAUAUUUGCAAAGUCGCUGGUGUUGCGGUUAUUGAUGUGGCUUAUCGUCUUGUACCUGAGAAUGCCUUUCCUUGUGGCAUAACAGACAGCUUUGCGGCUCUCAAAUACGUCUACGAAAAGGGCGCUGAGAGAUUUAGCAUCGAUCCGGAAAGGAUAUCUGUCGGUGGCGUGUCUGCUGGCGGAUUCAUCAGUCUAGCCCUUGCCCACAUGGCUCGCGAUGCCGGUAUCCCUCUCAAGCUCGUCGCAGUGGGCACACCAGUGAUCGAUGACUUGAGUAAAUACUCCAGCGCAUCAGACUCACCUUUCCCAUCAAUGCAAGAGAACGAACAUGCACCGACACUCAAUUGGGGACGACUCGCAUGGUUUGACAAGCUGAAAUGGAGUUCCCUCGGUUCCACCCCAGAAGAAAUCGCCAGCCGACGCCAGAAGAUACCAGAGAUUUAUGGCAAUCUGUUCAAAGCUACAGACUUUAGCAAUUUGGCAAAAACUGUCAUUUACACAGCUGGUGCAGACCCUUUGAGAGAUGAGGGAGAGGCUUAUGGAAACCUCACUGUGGUGAUUGCCAACGGCUGUGCCUGGGAUGCGCAUGGCCUACAGAAAGAACAAGUAGAGGGAGAAACAACAGCUGGACCAAUGUCAAAUGCCAUUCCUGACGACAUGACCGCCCCGCUGCAAGAUAUCUCAUGGAAUCUUUCACCAGAUUCAACUUGGCUUGACAUCCUCUCAGAUACACCUGCGGUUGUAGAGAGUCCACCAGCUACAACGCUCAGUUUAUAUUCACCCAGCUUACUGCCGGAUAUGACAUCUCCGCAUGAUAAGGCGUUACUCAACCAUUACUCUACAAUCGUUGCCUUCGUAUUAUCGCGGCAUCCAAAUACUGCUUCGAAUCCUUACACGAGUUACAUCGUGCCAAUGGCUGUAUCGAAUCAACUUAUUUUGCAUUGUGUGCUUGCGCUGAGCGCGACACAUUGGGAGAAGCUUCAACCAGAUAUGCGAGAUCGAGCCCUAUUCCACAAAGGACAAGCGACCAAAUCUCUGGCAAAUUUACUCCCAACUGUUGAUUCCAGCUCUGUUGAUGUCGCCUUGGUUUCUUGUCUAUUGCUCUGUAUGUCAGAACUAUUUGACGGUACAUCAGCUGGCUGGAAACUCCACCUGCAGGGAGCGAAACGUCUCCUCUCCACCUUUAAAGCUCAGACGAGUUCUACUUCAGCAUGUGGUCACUUCAAAUUCCUUGUCAAACUGGCACGUUUCCUUGACAGUGCUGCUACAACGAGUACUUGCAAACCUCCACUCAUCGACGAGACAACAGUAAAACCGACUGACGAUACCAACGGCGACGAUGCCGCGGUAUAUGGGAUCCCAAAAGAGCUAUUCCAUAUGGUCGAUCGAGUGAACAAUCUGGCCAGCAAACGAGGAACAAGAGUGGAUGAGGAAUCAGAAGCUUUGUUCCGUCAAGAAGCAGAGCGAGUACAAGGUCUACUGGAUAGUUGGGCGUAUGACUACGGAGGACUCGCAGGUGCUGUCGCCUCACUUAACCCAACAAACGAUGACGUCCUCCACGCAACGACUGCAUACGAAUGGGCCCUUCGCCUCCGACUCCACCAAAUCACCGAAGGCUACUCACUAACGGAAAAAGUAUCCGAUUGUGUCCAACAUAUUCUUGACUCUGCUCAAAAGAUUCGGUACGGCAGUUCUUUGGAGACGUGUUUACUGUUUCCACUCGUCAUGGCUGGUGGUGCAUGUAAUUCUCUCGAGCAGAGGAUGGUGGUGCAGGAUAGGCUGAUGGUUAUGGAGAGGACGUGUGGGUUUGGAUAUGUUCAUCAGAGUCGGGAGUUGGUGGAGACUGUUUGGAAGAGGAGGGAAACGGAGUCGAUGGUUAAUUGGGCUAGGAUCCGGUAUGAGGAGAUGGGUGGUUUGGCUCUUUACUAG